UUCACAUCUAUCCCUUUCUGAUGUAUUUAUUUACCUGAAAUUGAUAAUUAGCACGUCAAAACUCAUCUCUUUAUAAUUGAAACUAUCCCAGAAACAACCAAGCCCAUUUUGCUAACACACAAUUCCAUUUCUCCUAUGCUACUUCCUCUUGCCAGAAUGAAUUCCUCGGCCUUUUCUUUUCUUUCAGAUUUUGUUCUUGUAUUGUUGCUCUUCAUUCAAGUCCCUUCAUCCUCGAGCAACGAUGACCUGUUCACUGCCUGUAGUAAAAAGUUUGAAUGUGGGGGUAUUUUCGCGGGUUUUCCGUUCUGGGGAAAUGACAGACCACGUGCCUGUGGCGUUCCUGAAUUGGAACUCAGGUGUGAGAAUAAUGAUAUCGCCAAGAUGAAUAUCAAUCAGGUUGCAUAUCGUGUUUUUGAAAUCAAUCAGGAUGAUGGAAUUCUCACGAUUGCAAGAGAGGACUACAUGGUUGGAUUGUGUUCACCUCAGUUUAUGAACAGCACGUUCAAUCCUAAGGUUUUCGAGUAUGUUGAGGGUUACAAAAAUCUGACAUUCAUUUAUGGUUGCAAGGAUGCUCCUCCAACCAUACCUGGUAGAAUACCUUUCACUUGCAGAAUAAAUGAGGGUAAUGAUCAAGGUGGUUAUAUCCAAGAAGGAGAUACUGGUCCUGGUGAAUGCAAUCGUAGUGUCUUAGUGCCAGUUUCUAAAACAGAUUUGCCACGGCCACCAAUCGGGAUUUUCCCAGGUUGGGAAGAACUCCUGAGAAAAGGAUUCGAGGUAAGAGUGAAGGUCGAUAGGGAGGCGUGUAAUGAAUGCUUCACCACUUCAGGAGCUUGUGGUAUUGACUAUGCAACUAAUCAAACAACUUGUUACUGUCCAAAUCAAUCAAGUGGAUCAAAAACAUGUGCUCUUCCAGCUGCAGGUGAAGCCUCAAGUCCAGCGAUUUAUAAAAUUGACCUAGGCCGAGCAAAAAUUAUAACUACGAAUUUUUCCAUUUUUAACAUGCAUGGAAUUGUUGCCUCGUGGAGCUGUUCAUAUUCCUUGACGGCUGGACCGGCAAAGUACCAAACAAAAACAUACACUAACGAAGGAUUUGUAAAUUCUUGCACCCGUAGGGGGGAUUCGGGGAGGGGUGGUCCGAGACUCUCUGACAUAUUUUUAUCUUAGCUUGCAUGGAUAUUCAGGGGAGAUGAGAUAGUGAUUUAGGAAGGAUCUCAUCUGACAAACAACCUAAACCCCGAAGAAAUAAUUAAUUAUUCGAUUGGAAUUAGCAAAUCUAAUCAACAUAAUAGAAAUUACAGGAAAUUUACAAGGUAAUGCAGAAAUUGAGUCCACAUCAGAGACUUGGUCUUUCUGCAGAAGUCAUUUUCUUUGUUCUUUUUCCUGGAAUAAUCUAUCAUCUGAAACUUCAAAUUCCCACCUCCUGUUUUUGUCUGAUUUGACUUUAGGUGGCAUCUAUGAAAUUAAUUUUAAAUAAUUCACACGUUUACUCCAGGAAUUUAAACACAGAGCACCGUAACAUUACAAAAUUCUUUUUCCUUGAUUCGUCAUCGUACCAUAUAAACUUAAUCAGCAAAAUAAUAGCACAAACGAUAUCAAUAUAAGGUUACAGUAACUCAUGAUAUUUACAAUAAAUUAUAUUUAAUUUUUAUAAUGUGAAAGUAGUGAUGUGUUUUUGACUCUUUUUUUAUACAGAUUUUCAUUUAAUAAAUUCACACGUGGAGCAACAAUUAGGAUCUUAAAAACUAAUUAAUCUAAAGAUAUAUCAUGAAAUUUGAUUAUUAAAUAUUUAACGUGGCGGUUUACAAUUCCUGAAACUAGACAGAUAAACAAACAGUUUGGCUAAAGAAACUCAUUUUAAAAUGAACAAGCCGUGUGUGUGUGUGUGUGUAUAUAUAUAUAUAUAUAUAUAUAUGAAAUCGCUUGUUUCAUUUGGCCACAUCACCUUCCAAUUUAAGCCAAACUCAAUAGUUGGAGACUACUUGGAGUUCUUAAAUUCUUGACGAAACCUGUUUUUGGUAUUUUGUGACGUCCGUUAACACGAUUUUCUAGCUAGCUAUUAAACUCAUAAUCAUUUUAUUAUUAAAAUUCUAAUAUUAUGUUUUUCAAAAUCAAUUAAAAGUUUAAAAUAUAUUUUAUAGUAAUUUUAAUAGUAGAAAAUUGAGAACAAACUGUUUAUUCGGUCAAAAUUCAACAUCAUUCAGACUAUGCUGAUACUUUCAAGACAAUUUUAUUAUAGGAUAUAUAGAAGUGUGGUAGUUAUUAUUUUUUAAAAUAUUUUUUAGGUUGAAAUGCAUUAAAAUAAUAUUUUUUAUUUUUUAAAAAAUAAUUUUUAAUAUGAACAUAUUAAAAUAAUUUAAAAAUAUUAAAAACUUAAUUUUAAAUAAAAAAUUAAAUUCUAACUAACUUUUAUUCAGACGCAAUUUCAAACAGAAUUUUACUCUCCAGGAAAUUUGGUGGCAAGAAAAUAUAUAUUUUUAUUCAUUGGUUUAAUCAACCUUGUAAUCAAAAGUAUCUUUCAAGUAUUCAGACACCAAUGUUUACGUAGGCCGUAGCACAGUAAGUAUAAAGCUAUACAUUUAAGACAUGAAACUUGAAAAUUUUAACAAGAACACAGAAUUUGACUAUCAGGAUUCAAAAUACACAUUAUCUUGCUGACAAAAUGACCUCCCUACUUCUUUGGCCACCUGAAUUUACGUUGAUGCCACUCUCACCAUUCUAAUGGAAGCUUCUCUUUGACAAAAUCCCCUGUGGUCAAAUACGUACUGCCAAUUCUAUUGUAUUGAUCGAGUAAAUAACUCCCACCUUCGUGUUUUUUACUCUUAACUCAAUACUUGAACAACGUUUCCUGUCAAUCUCUCUGCAAAAACACGACUGCUACUCCUUCAGGCCAUGCCUUGGCUUAUCCUACUCCUAACCAUAGCCUUGGUGGGAACUUCUCUGUCCUUCGUAUGACUUGCAACAUUAAUGACACUGUUAUGGUGGGAAACUUUAUAACAGUCAACUUCUCUGUCCUUAGUAUGACUGAUCCCAGCUUAUUCAGCUACCUGACAACAUGCAACAAUAGUGUUAAAUUUCCUGCCCAUCUAUCAGCUAUUAUGCCAAUUCUACCCAAUCCAAAUGUAUCACAGUUUCUUUGAAGCUAUUAAUCAAGGUUUUGUGUUGGAGUGGAGUGCAAAUGAUUCAUUAUGUGAUACAUGUAAAUCUUCUGGUGGUCAGUGUGGUUACAACAAGACCACUACAGCAUUCACUUGUUACUGUGCGGAUCAACCUCAAGAUUUUGAAUGCUCAUCAUCACCACAGGCACCUAGUCAAUCAACAAGUAUGUCCGCUUUUAUUUCUUGAUGCCAUGACUGGAUAGAUAGAGAUAACUGAAAUCUAAGAUAUACCCUCCAGGCUAGGUGAUGUCGGAGGACCUCUGGUAAAAGAAACAGGUGUGAAUCGUUCCUUUGAGUAGAGGGAGGAACCUAGCUAGCUGUUAGGAAUUGUUCAAAGCUCCAUGAUCCUGAAGAGAACACCUUCCUUGACCAUUUAAUUCCAGUAUAUCAAGGAAACAAAGACUUCGAUUAACUGACAAAGACUUUAUAACGUGAAAAUAUAGGUAUCCCUUUAUCACAAGGAGCAAUCCUUAUAGUAUUCCCAACCUAGUAUGUGUCGAGAUAUAUUAUUUCUUUAGCAGUAGCAGGAGCAAGAGACUGUCUAAUGAAAUUACUCUCCGUUAAUUUAGAAUUGCUAAAUACUCUCCAUUCCCACCAGUCCAGGUUCCUCAUUUAGUAAACUGAAAUUUGUCCAGGUUCCUGCUUCAACUAGUCCAGGUUUCUUGUUUAGUGAAAUGCAACUAGCCAUCCUACUCUUCUAAGUAAUCAAGGAACAAAAUUAUGUUUCAGAUAUUUGUAACCUCUGCUGCAUAUUUGAGUCAGGUCAGGUUUUACCCUGUCAUAUUUUCGUCUUUGAUAAUUUCCAAGCACAUGCUUCAAUAAUUUCAAGAAUCGAUGUCUGAACAACUUUCAGAGGCUUACAAGUCCACUGGUUUUGGUUUAGUGUUAAUGAAUAAUUAAUUGCAGCAAUUCGAGGUUAUUUGUUAAGAGGGUCAAUGUUCGAAAUUAGGCUUUUCUUCUUCAGUCUUGUGUUGACUAUGACCCUAAGAAAGUUGGAGCUCUAUGUGGUGAUAUUUUGAAUACACUAUGAUCCACAUCUUGUUCAUGAGAUGUUAAUUAAAUCUAAGUUAAUCCCUGGGGUUUUUUUUUUGCAACCAUUGAUACUUAUUUCUUUAUUAGUUGUGUUUAGUGAUAGGGAAAAUUGAACAAUUCAAUUACUCAUAGUUUGAUUCCCCUGUUUUCUCUGUUUUUUGCGAUGCCUCUUCUGUGAUUUUCGCAAGGGAGAACCUGCUUCCCUUAAUGUUCCAGUUUCUUUAGGACAGUAGCUUGUAUGUCUAUAAUCUGAAUGAAGACAUGAAUCAUUUUGUGCUCAACAAAUAACAAUUGAGAUAGCCACUAUCAUAUUUCAAGUUAAGUCCAAUUGAUCAUGCUUACUAAGUGCCUACUGCCUACUGAAAACUUGCUUCAACGUGGUCAUUGAUGUUUCUGGCUUUCAUGAUUUUU